AUGGGUCAACAUCUACACGGUAGGAAUCUGCAUUGGGCCGUUACGGCGGCGAGCUGCCAGGCUUUUCUCUUACUUGGUUACGACCAGGGAGUCAUGAGUGGUCUGGUCGGGGCCGAUAACCAGUUCGGGACUCAAAUGGGCCACCCGGAUGCGAAUAUGCAGGGAAUUUUGACAUCAAUUUAUGAUAUUGGAUGCGCAGUGGGAUGUAUUGCAAGCUUCUUCUUCGGCCACAAGAUAGGUCGCAAGAAGAUGAUUAUGGCUGGAGGAACGAUAAUGGUCAUCGGAACUGUUCUGCUUGGCUCAUCUUAUUCCCGGGCACAGUUCAUUGUUGGCCGGAUUGUAACCGGGUUUGGAAAUGGAAUCAAUAGUGCGACUGUGCCCUCAUACCAAAGUGAAAUGGCUCGCCCAGAACGGAGAGGCCGAUUAUUGAGUGCCCAAGGAACUGUGACAAUUGUCGGCUUAUGCAUUGCGUAUUGGAUCGACUACGGACUCAGCUUCGUAGAUUCUCCCGUACAGUGGCGAUUUCCAAUUAGCUUUCAGGCCUUUUUCGCCGUGUGCCUGGUUCUCCAGAUGAUUCCUUUGCCUGAAACGCCUCGCUGGCUCUGCGAACAACUUGCCCGUCUCCAACUUGAGCAGCCUGCUAAUCAGUCCACGCCCGAGGUCAUUCGACUGCGUCGACAGAUCGAGACCUCUAUUGAGAUAGAGUCAGCCGGCGGGCCAUUCAAGUACAGCGAGCUCUUGAGAGGAGGCAGGGUACAAAACCUGCGCCGGAUGAUUUUGGCUGCCCUUGUAAACGUGCAGCAACAAUUCACUGGAUCAAAUAUGAUCAAUUACUAUGCUCCUAUCGUCUACCAGAAUGCCAUGGGACUAUCUCGCAAUUUGUCUUUGAUUCUUGGUGGUUGUACCUCACUUGCGUAUCUUGUUGGGUCCAUUAUUCCUCUGUGGAGUAUGGAUGUGUUUGGUCGACGAUCGUCCCUCAUGAUUUCCGCUUCUGGCCUCUGCGUCUGUUUUGUAAUGACUGCUGCAUUGCUCUCGACCGGCAGCACCUCCUGUGCCUAUGCUGCGACCGUUUUCGUGUUCAUAUUCCAGAUCUUCCUUGGAUUUGGCUAUCUCCCCGUGCCUUGGUUCUACCCCAGUGAGAUUACUACCACCCGCAUUCGUGCGCGAGGGCAGGCUUUUGCAGGAUUCGUGAACUGGAUGUGUGUUUUCAUCGUUGUGCAAGUUACGCCAACUGCCAUUGACAAUAUCUCCUGGAAAACAUUUAUCAUCUUCGCCUGCUUCUGUGCUGCAUGGGUUCCAAUGGUUUACUUCUUCUUCCCCGAAACCAAGGGACUUGAACUGGAGGAUGUCGAUCAUCUCUUCGAAAGGGGAGGCCUUACCGGGGGAGUGUUUGAGACACGCGGUUAUCCAAUUCAGCCUGGACAUCACCGCUCUGUGAAUACGGAAAGAAUUGGAAAGGACAUAGAGGAGGAGCACAUGGAGCUUGCUUGA